GUUUUAAAUUGCCUUUUCGUGUCCAGCGUGCUGAAAUGGCCGCAAAUCCGAUGCCGCCCCAGUCAUCGACACCACAGGACUUCUUCGGUGGAGGCAGCACUCUCUUCAUGGACGAAGUGUUCAAGGCCGUGGAGAGUUAUGUGGACGAUGGGUCGAUGUCACUGGAGCAUAAGCUGUUGGAAUCACAUGGAGGACCGUCGAUGACGUCGACUCAAGCUCAGCAUAUCCACGAGGGAGUUUCCCAGUACAUGGACGCUGUGCGAACUGCGUUCGUCAAGAACUUUGACAAGUUCGAGCUGUACAUGCUUCGCAACGUGUUUGUGGCACCGGAAAACAUCGACGAGAUCCGAACGGCGGCACAUACGCACGACCGUGAACAGUCCACUGACGUGGAUCUAUCGAACGACGCGAACCCUGACGACGUGGACGCAGAACUGCACGCCCUCCGCCAGGACAUCUACGCUGCAACUCAGAAGCAGGCGGCGCUCUUGGCGGCAAAAAGCGAACUGGACCAACAAGUCAGCGGCAUCCACCAGCUAGCCGUGGACCUCCGCUUCACGCAGGACAUUCCCAAGAUUGGUAAGAACGAUCACUGGUACUUCAAAUCACACUAUUUGAGGGCAGCGGGACCUUUGGGAGAACACGUCAAGUCUGCCGUGGCACUACGAGAAGCUAUUGGUACCAUGAAAGGGCUACAACUGCAUUUAAAUUCGAAAGCCAGGGUCAACGAACAACCGCGGCCAAGUCCGAUUGUUUCUUACGAAUCCGUGAUUUCGAGGUUCCACAAGCAACCGAUGCAAGUCCCGUUGAGUGACCUUGUACGCGUGAACCAGCUACUUGGUCGCCGUUAACAACCCACUAGUUUUGUAUUCAUAGUGCAUUAUUGUACAGACAGAGAACAGUAUCAUAAUAUAUAUAUAUAUUUCUC